ACAACUGAUUUAUUUUGAAACACGAUGUGUAAAUAAAAAAUCUCAAAAGAAACCAGUUACGAAUAUUCGUAGACCUAAAACUCCUGUUCAAAUACCAAACGAUCAGCACAUUAGAAGAUCAACCGAUCGAAAUUCAACGAAUGACAUUGAUGAAGUCAGUAUUUUAAGCGAUAAUAUUUAUCGUUUAUUGAUGUUUAAAAUUGGUUGUAUGGGUUCUAAUUAUGGUCCGAAAACAAUUCCAUCCAUGUUAGACGUACAUAUGAAUCUGGAACAAUCAUUACAAAAAAUAGAUGAGAUGUUACGAAAAACUGUACCACCAAUCGUUGAACGAGUUCUCCGUGAAAAAUAUGAUUCGAUUAUUCCCCCUGAUAAAGAGCAACUUAACGAAUGA